AUGAACAAACAACAACAAUAGGUUGGAGAUUUAAAGCAAAAUUCUGUUUUUAAUAAUAUUAAUUUAAUGGACCCUAAAAAACUCUCAACUCAGGAAUUAGAGCAAAUAGUCUUAAAUAACUUAAAAUCAGUUGGCGAAAAGCUUUAAAACUCAUCUUCACCUAUUAGAUAAAUACAAUAGACGAAAUAUCAAGUUGAGUAAGGAUAUGUAAAUUAGAAAUAAGGGUAUUCAUUUUAAAACCAAAAGGGGAAUAAUGGGAAUUAUAAUUCCGUUUCAAAUGAUUAGUAAUAAAAGACUCUUCCAAUAAAUAGAAAUACACCAUCAUUUUAGAAUGUAAUCAUUAAUGAUAGUCUUGUUGGAUAAGAAUAAGGUGAGAAUGUAAUAAAUUAACACUAGAUUCAACUAAGUGCUUUUGCUUCUCCUUAGUUUAAUUCACCUUCAUAAAAGUUACUUUUUUCUAACACAAAUAGAGGUGAAACUAUGACUAGGAAAGAUUUAGAGAGUUCGAAUUAAGUUGCUUUAGAAAAAAAAGAAAACCCUUAGCUAAUUUCUAAUCCUGCACCAUAAAAUAAUCCUUUUUAAACUACUGACUAGAUUGCUUAAGUAUAAAAUAUGCUUUCCUCGAUAGAAAAUCCUUUUUCAUAGAAUUUAUUUGCUAGCCAUUUCAAAGUUAAUGGUAAUAAUAAUACUUUGUCUAAUCCUGCAUCUAAUUUACCAACAAAUUUGGGAAGCAGUACUGCUUAAAAAUUUUAGCUUUUACCCCCAAAACAAUUAGAAACUCCAAAUAAACCUUCUAUUACUGGUUUAUAAUAAAAUCCUUUUAAAUAGGACUUCUAAAAGAAUUCAAGUGAGCAAAGUAUUAGAAAUGCUAGAUUUUUAACCUCUAAUAAGGAAAAUAGUAAUCAGAAUAAUUAAUCUUCUUCAACUGCAAAUAUGAGCACUACAAAUAAUCUUAUGUUGGGUGAUUAAAAUUUUAUUAAUGGAGUAAAUGAUUAAGCUAAUGUUUUGAAUCAUUCAAGUAGUACAACAAAUUAAAAGCUAAGGAGUGCUUCACCAAAUUUUAACGGAUGGUCAGAUAGUACUUCUCCUGCUAUUGCUGGAGCUAUGAAAGUUUUAAAAGAAAAAUGUAGUAAAGCUGAGUAAUAAUUGAAAGAGCUAUAAUAAACUUGUUAACAAUAGUAAGAAGAAAUUAAUUAGCUAAAAGAAAAUGGAAAAACUUAAAAAUAAUAAUGGGAAGAAAACUCUAAAGAAAGCUUCAUUAGACUAAGUGAGUAAACUGGUAAGGUUCUUGGAGAAAUAACAAAACUUCAAACAGAAAAUGCUCAUGUUUAGAAUGAAAAUGCAAUAAUGUAAAAAUAAAUUGAUGCUUACAAAUCAUAAAUUUAAGAACUAACUCAAGAAGUUUUGUAUUUACGUAAAUGCAAUGAGAUUAUUGAAGGAGAAAAAAGCAAGCAUUUAGAACACAAUGCAUAAGAAAAAGAUGAGCUUGAUUAAAAGUUUAUUAUUUUAGAGAAAUUACGCAAAACCGAUAAAUAACUGAUUGAAAAACUUGAAAAUGAUCUUUAAGAGUUGUAAAAUGCGAAAAGAAUUUAAGAGGAGAAGUUGAAAAAGUUGGAGAUAGAGAAUGAGUAGCUUAAAAAUGAGCUUUAUGAUUCUUAAGAAUCAUUGGAAGGGAGAUGCAAGGCAUCUGAAAGCAAACUUUCCUUGUAUGAAAAAGAAUUGAAUUUGAUAAAAGAAAAAUAUGAAAAAGAGAGAAAUUUUAAUCAGAAGAGAGCUUCAAUUUACGCUGAAAAGGAUUAAGUUAUGAAGCAAUUACAAGAAGAAAAUAUAGACUUUAGAAGCUAGAUUAAGUCUCUUUAAACUCAGUUAGACCAUUAAAAGAAAUAAAAUGAAUUGCAUGAUAAAAUGAAAUAAAAAUUUGAAAGAGAGAAAUAUAGUUAAGAAGAAUCAUAUAAGCAAUUAAAAGGGCUUACAGAUGAAAUAGUUAAUUUAGCAUAGAGAGAAGCAAAUACAAGAAUGAAGGAGUAAUUACAUUUAUUUUAAUAGAGACUAAAAAGAUUAGAUGAUGGAAAUAAAAAAAUAUCUGAAUCUUAAUCAUCUAUCUCUCGUUCAUCUUCUAAGCAGAAACAAUUAAAAUCUAGAGGACCUUCUAAAGAAAAGAAGACUAAAGACAGUACGGAUAGCAGAGCCAAUAAUUUUUCAUCUUCUAAAACUAAAUCUUCAGUUAUAAGCAACAGUGCAAAUAAAUUUUAUAAGUAAGCCUCACCAAAAUCGAAUAAAAGUGGAUAAAAUCAUUCAAAUGUCGUUACUGUUGUCUCUAAUAAAAAAUUAAAGCCAAAAUCAAAAUCUAGAAAUCCAUCUCAAAAUAAGGAGCUGCACUUAGAAGACCUAGAUGAAAGUAUAGAGAGUAGACGAAGUGCUCUUAUUGGAUCUUCUUCUGUAUAAAAACUCUCCAAUGAAGGCUAAAAGAGAAUGGUAAGAAAAAAUUCUCUAGUUUUAUCAUAAAACAACAGCUUAGAUUUUGAGUCUAUGUCACCUCAUACCAGCAGAAAAUCAAAUUAAGGACAGACAGGUAGAAGUACAAGCAGAUAAAGAAGUGUAAGCAAAAACUCUGAUUUAUCAGCAUCAAGAAAUAAAUCAUUAAAAAAGAAAAAAUAAGGUGCUUCAUAAAUAAGUUAGAAUUCAUAUAUUUACCAUGAAGACAGAGGAGUACAUCGUCAUGAAGAAGAUGACAUAGAUGCAUUAAUGACAAAUCAAAGUUAAGUCACUGUAAAGCCUAGCCAAUAAUCGACCUCUAAUCGCUACGGAAUGCAAUCAAAUAAUUAAUAGUAUAGUACAAUAUUAACAGAACCUAAAAACCCUUCAGCAUACAUUUAAUCUUAUACAUUCCCAGAAAACUUCUAAAAAAUGACAGAGUCUGAAAUUUCAAACGAAAUAUUUAAGUUAGAAAGAGCUGUUGCAGAAACAAAGAGGGAAUAUAACAAUUUAUUAACUAGAUCAAGAGAAAAUUCUGAUAUUAACAUCGAAGAAGUAAGACAAAGAAUGAAUGAACUAGCUAUUGAUAUGUAAAAACAAUCAGACUGGUAGUUUAUCUUAAAAAAGAAACAAAGAGAAAUUAUAACUAUGAGUUUUGGUAAAUAAAGCCUAUAAACAAAUAAUAUAAAUUGA